GAACAGUCAUUGCACACUAACGGCCUGUAUUACACGUGGGAGUCUACAUGUGCUCAGUUGGGGGAGAAAAAUAAACUCAAACAUGCCUCAGCGUACCAACGCCAGCAGUAUAGAUAAUACAACCCUGUCUAUACUUCAAACCACAUGGACUAGUAACCUUGUGUCAGCCGUCUAUGUCAUUGUGACCAUAGUGAACCUCUGUGGAAAUGGGCUUUCCAUGUGGCUGCUGUUCUUCCGCACCCACCCAAAGACACCUUCUAUCAUCUUUAUGAUCAAUCUCACUAUCACUGACCUGGCACUGGGCUUAGCACUUCCUUUUCAGAUCAUGUACCAAAUGCAAGGCUACAACUGGACCCUGGGCUCAAGCAUGUGCAAUGUACUAACAGUUACCUUCUUUGUUAACAUGUAUUGUUCCAUUUUGACUAUGACGGCUAUCAGCAUUGACCGUUACAUGGGGAUUGUGAAGCCAAUGCAAUUUAGACGGGCAAAUGUCAAGGCCAGGUAUGCCAUUUUUGCAUGCAUCGUCAUGUGGGGCAUAGUUCUGGCAGUUCUCAGCCCAUUGGAGAAGACGGAUCUGACAUUUAAAGUGCCAGAGCUAAACAUUAUUACUUGCUUUGACAUUCUAAAGAAGGACAUGCUCCCAUCAAUUGCACACUGGGCAGCCUUCCUGUUUGGCAUGUUUUUCAUUCUGUUUCUCUGUCCCUUCAUCAUAACGGUGUGCUGCUACACAAGGAUUAUCUGCGUUCUCGUCAAAAAUUCCAAAAGCAACCAGAAAGGGCGUGCUGUGCGCCUGGCUUUUAUUGUCUUGUUUGUGUUUACGUUCUGUUUUGCACCCAACAACAUAUUACUCUUGGCCCACACAAUAGCAAAGCUUUAUUAUAACAAAUCUCUCUACAUGUACUAUAAGUUGUCCCUGUCAUUAAGCUGCAUAAACAGCUGCCUUGAUCCAUUCAUCUACUAUUUGGCCUCAAAGGAUUUUCGACGAAAAAUGAGACAGAUGUUGAAGCUGCAAAACCACAGCACUGUGGAUAUGGAAAUGAGUGAAGCACGGAAAGAAAGUUUACUUUCGGCUCGUACUGGUUCUAUAGAUCUCUUAAUGACUGUCCUGCCUCUUAUGGUAGACCUCUAAAAACAAAAGGAUGUUGCACCCAGUCAUAUCUAAGCUGCGUGGCAAGCUCGUAGUUCUGGCCAGUGCAUCUCCGAGGCGACGAGAGAUUUU